AUGUCCACUAGACUUCUGCUCCAGCUCUUGGGGUUCUGGCUGCUGCUGAGCCGGCCUUGCGGGGCGCGGGUCUCGGAGAGGUGGCUGGACCAAGUCAUUCACGUGUGCGGCCGCGACUAUGUCCGAACAGUCAUCGAGAUCUGCGGGAUGUCCGUGGGAAGGCUGGCUCUGAGCCCGGAGCGGCCGGCCUCAGUAUCUUCUCCCUACCCACUUUUUAAAAACUUGACAGAAACUGUGCCAUCCUUCAUCAACAGAGAGGCAGAGCCUUUCGAUAUGACGUUAAAAUGCCUUCCAGAUUUGUCAGAGGAGCCCAAGGCAGCACUGUCUCAGGGGCUCAAACUGUUGCCAGAGCUACAAUAUGCAUCUGCACUGAGAGACUCCGCUGUUAGCUUGGAAGGAUUUGAGAAGACUUCCCGUCAAACACAGGGUGAAGCAGAAGACAAGCGGCCUCCAGGACUUCAGUACUCAUGCUCGGAUGCUCAUUCACGGAGAAGGAGGGAGUCUGACGUGCGGCUGAGCGAGCAAUGUUGCAACGUUGGCUGUACCAGAAGAUCCAUCGCUAAAGUCUGCUGA